AUGACAUUAAAUCCGAAGGGCAUUUUCUCUGUCAAAUCUGUUAGUCGUGUAUUUUCUUCCCAUAUCAACACUCAAGACUCUUCCACUGUAGCUUGGAAAAAGCUUUGGAAUCUAAAAGCGCCUGAAACAAUUAAAAUGUUCCUUUGGAGAUUAGGGGUCAACGCCCUUCCAACCAGAGAAAACCUUUUAAAAAGGGUGGAUAUUCAUGAUCCAACUUGCCUCCUUUGUCAGGGAUGUAUCGAGUCACCUUGUCAUCUGUUUCUUAGAUGUCCAAUUGCUAAAGCUUUAUGGUUCUCAGCUUGUUGGGGUUUCAGAGCAAAAGAUGUAAGGGCUGAUUCACCUGAGGACAUAGUCAAUCUAGUUAUCAAGCCCCCAGAUGCUCUUUGUCGAGUAGCAGACCAAUGGAAAGUUUCACUAGUCAUGGCCCUUACUUUAGACGAGAUAUGGAUGAUGAGAAACACUGAGCUCCAUCUUAAAAGCAAAGUGGACUUGCGUGCCUCCACUCAGCUCAUUCAAAGAAGAUUCAGGGAGUAUGUGGCUGUCUGCUCAGCUUCCUUAACUUCCUCUGCCCAUAUCAGUCCACAUCACUGGACCCCCCUCCUCCUGGCUGGAUUAAAGUUAACGUAG